CGUAUUUAGAUGAUGAAGAAGUGUUAAGUGUUGAUAUCUUAUUUGUAUUGACCAUACAAAUAAUACUAUAUAGGGCCUACGGUAGUAGAAUUUCCCCUGAAGUGAUGAAUGUUUUUACGUUUAUAUUUUAGUCAUCCGAUGAAGGCUAGGCCUACCAGCCAACUACGAAGGCUUAACAGAAAAGACAAUAAUUUUUUAGACUAUUGUGCUGUGCUAGUGAGUGGGUCUGGGUUCUAAACAUCAAAAUGUACUAAACUUACUAGCAAGUGCCAACAACUUGUUGCAUUUUGUGCUUGUGUUAUGAUUGAAAAGCCAUAUUCAUUUACAAUGUAACAGCCUAAAUAAUGCUGUUUCUUAAGUUUAAUGACUAAGAACCAACUCCAAACCAGUGAAACAUUACGUUGGUUAGUCUAUGGUGAAACUAAAAUCUAACUAACACAAAUUUAGACUGUUAACUAUCAAGGUCUUCAAAGUACUACCAAUGCUCAGCUGGAUAUCUACCAAAGGGGAAAGCCAAUAUUGUAGUUAGGACAGAAUUAGGCCUAUUUCAUUUUGAAAUAAUGUCCAUUGUAUCUCCAAGGGCAACACUGAGAUGGAAAGAGUGGCUUCCUUUACUCACACAACAGCAACGUCUUCGCAACCUAAUACAAAUAAUUGGAUUCAAUGUCAAUCCCUUUGAGAAAUGCACUCAUUUAGUAAGAGGAGUGGGUAAAUUGAGCUACUAUUACACAUUACAUCUGACAACAAUGUCAGCUCCAUUUUAUACAAGUGAAAAACUUGAAAGUGAUAAUCCUAAAUGGGCGGAUAUUGAGAUCAGCCAGGCAAUUGGUCCUGCCACAGGGGUGGUGAUCAGGCUGUGGUGCCACUCAGUGACUGGGGAGGAGAGUACGGAGCUGGUAGUGGCUGUAUGGGGCAUCUACUUCAGCGGCUUGGCGUACAUCGGUCCAAGACUUGUCACCUCGGACCCGUCACAGUUCCACAGCAACACGCUCAUAUUGCACAUGCAGGGUGGAUACUUCACAGCACCUCACUGCUUCAAGGAGCCCAGAGUCGAGCCUCGACGCGUAGUCUCAGUGCUCAUGACCCCCGUAGAGUUACGUCAGAGCUACUCGGUCAGCCGACUGUUGAGGCUGCAUUCACUCCAGCAAGCUAUCAAGCAACAUUCAGUUGCAGCUGCUUCCCUUAGAGAGAGGAUCUCGGACGGAAGUUUGAGUGGGAGUAGCAGUGAAGGAAAGGAGAGCGCCAUGUUGCGUCGGGUGUUACAUCGUGCCAAGCCUACAGGUGCAACACCACGACUACAUCAACAGCUGACAGCUGUGAAACGAGAAGUGGAGGAGGUGAGGUUCAGAGUACAUCUGCUGACUCAUGAGAGGGAUAAGAAGAAGUCAGCCUUGCGCAGGCAGCUGGAGGACAAGAGUAAACUUACCGAUCGAAUGUUGGACGAAGAUUUAGAAUUGGUGGAAAAGAAUCGGAUGCUUCACAAAGAAAUGGAACGUCUGAAAGAUCUUAAACGUGUUUCUAUAGAUGCCAAAGAAAAUCUGUUUUCUGUCAACCAAAUGCUGUUAGCUCUGAGACGAAAGCGCAUUUCAGAGUUAAAUUAUAUAUACCCCAUCAGUCAGAUUGGAGACGACAAGUUUGCCAUCUGUGGAGUCCAUCUGCCCAACUCAGAAGACUUUGCUGGACAUGAUGAGAUUAUGAUCUCAGUAGCGCUGGGUUUUGUCGCUCACCUGGUCCAGAUGAUUGCAUAUUUCUUGCACGUUCCUCUUCGUUACUCCAUCGUCCACGCAGGCUCUCGCAGCAAGAUCAUCGACCAUAUCACUGACAAGAUACCUGAUAAGGAGAGAGAAUUUCCUCUAUUCUCUAAGGGCAAGGAUAAGCUUCAGUUCAACUACGGAGUGUAUUUGCUCAACAAGAACAUCGCACAGUUGAGAUGGUAUUGUAGCCUCACCACGUCAGAUCUCAGGUGUACACUGCCUAACUUGCUGGCUCUACUGAACCUCAAGCCCAGCCUCAGCGGGGCUGGACUGGAGGCAGGCAAGCGUACAAUGUCCAGCUCUACACUUGAGCUGCAGGGUGUGAGAGGCUUGCGGCCGCCUCAGGCUCCUCUCUGCUACUCCCUAGACAAGGGCUUGGACCGGCUGGACCACGGCAGUCCACGCCUAGUGCCUCGGCAACGGAGCAUCACACACAACAGCUCAGAGCCCAACGAGAUCUUGGUACCGCACAGUUCAGAAGACGACGGACAGCGUGAGUUCCUCAACUCCUGGAUGGCGCAGGGCCCGGCGCCGAUAUGCUCUGACUCUGAGCGCAGCUUGCGUUCCAGCAAUGACAUCCUGCUGCAGGAGGAGAGUCUGGCAAGCAUCAUCAACAAGAUCAACUCUCCUUCCAAGUAUCCGACAAACAUAUCCAGAGACUCCACGGAUGCCUUCACUUACCAGAGUAUCCGACAGGUCACGUCCCAAAGUACAUACGCAGAUUCAUAGCACUUGAAAAGGCACUAGGCCAAAUUCGUUGUAACAGUGUUGGGAUGGAUUGACAUUUUUGUGUACAAUUGAAAGGUUUGAUUUAACAAUUAGAAAAGUACAAGGUCUCGUUUCAGAUGUCCUUUUCACUGUGCUUUGUUCACAAAAUAAGUGGCGGAACAUUUUAGGCUCAGCUUAUAAAAAUAUUUUUAUGUCAAAAUGAUUUAUGCUCAUAAUUAGAACACAAUGUGCGCUGAAAAUUACAGUAAAUUUGUUUCUGUUCUUUUUUUCAAUUUUUUUAAAUUUCUUGUGAAAAAUCCACACUGUUUAAAAACUGUGCCUUUUCAAGGAACCAAUAUUUUGACUGAUGUAUUAUACUUUCCACUGUGUAUUAUAUAAUUUAUGUAUAUUUAGAUGAUGAUUAUUGUGUACUAUAUUUUUUGUGAAUGCCCGUUAGUUUAUCUCCGUGGGCUCCCCAAGAUUAUUCUUAUUCCAGGUGGCUGUGCAUUUUAGGUUUAAUAUACCAUAGUUUAGUGCAAUGAUUUAAUUAAUGUUUUUUUCACAAUUGCAUCGAUGCCAAUGACCUUGUAACACUGAUUCUUUAAUUUACUAAACACGUUCAAAGUAAUCUUGUUUAAAAUGUCUAUCAACAGAAAAUUUGUUCCUCAGUAUUAAAAUGUGACAUUUGCUUUGCCAAAGCUUUGAAUACAAUGUGCCCCACACUUUUAUGUCAUUUUUAAAUAUAGAAAAUCCACUUAACAUAAUUGGCAAGCAUUUGUAAACUGUAGACUCAUAGUAGUUUUUUUACACUUCACCCUUUAAAGUCCCAAAACAGAGAACCUAAUCUUAGUUAAUUAUAUAACAUUAUUUUAUGAUAUGAGGGCAAUCAAGAAAGCAAGGAAGGUUUUGGAAUAAAAUAAAAAGUUUGUUCAGAAAAAUAAUUAUAAUGCCUACAUUUGAAAGAGCAACUAAAAUACUACUUUUCUAAAUAGGCACUUAUCAUAGCGGUGGAUGAGCAUUGAAAUUUCAUUGUCGUAGAAUUCCGCUGCCUGCGAGCUGAGCCACCUAGUGAAAUGCAACUGGAGCUGCUUGUCAUUAACAAAGUGCUGUGCUGCUUACCAAGUCAAUUCUGGGAAAUAAACUGAACUGUAGGGUAGUUGCUAAUUGAAUGAUUGAAGAUUUUGUGUGCAAUUGGAAUUUUCCGCAUGAGGUCAGGCAUUGUAAUGCAAAAACAAAAUGUUGGACAUCAACUUCAGUAUAGCCGUUUUGAAACUGAAAGCACUAUAUCUUUUCAUUUAUCAAGUUGUUUCCGUACAACUCCGCAGACUUGACAAUAAAAAAGUGUAUAGGUUUUAAGGUUAUGACUGCACCUCACAACUAGUGAGAUUUUCAAUUGCUGCAAACUUUUAACACAGUAAUAUUGCAACAAAGUGUAACACAAAGACAUUUCCACAGUCACUGAGGAGGUGAAAACGUCUGUACUCUGUUCAGAGUAAAUGUUCCUUACUUUCUGAAUAGCCCUCAUACAUGAGACAUCGUUAAGAUUUUAACUGGAUAUCUUUUCAGCUUUUAGGUUUGAUUCAAUUUGGUAUUGUGUUUGAAGCAAUUUGUCAACUAACUUUAAGCUACAAAAUUGUAUUGAUUUAGAGUUGAUUUGUUAAAAAAUGGAGGUGUUACUUUUGCCUUGCUUUUACCAUUAGAUAGGCAUAACAACACAUCAUUUCACCUGGUUAUUAAUAUUCUUACCAGCCAUUGCUUUUAAUAUUUGGGCUAUCCAUUUAGCCAAAAAUAGUUACUGUAUGUCCAAAAAUAGCCCCUUAAAUAAAAUCUACCACAAAUAAAAAAAUAAAUCAAGGUUAAAAAUGUUAAAAUGUUUUAUAUUUGAACUAGUAAUUAAAGAAACAAACUGGUAAUGUUUGAGAGGAUUAUGGAGAGUUGUAUUUAAAAUAAAUAAAUUACCAAUGUGGUCACAUAAAUAAACAAGAAUACAUUUUUCCUUGAAGAUUAUUAGCCAGUAAAUAAUAAUCUCAAACAGCUUCAUAAUUAAAAAUGGAACACAGACCGUAAAAACUGCAAAACAUUAUACAUUUAGAACUAGAAGUAUAAGAACUAUGUGAGCUUAUUUAGUUACCGGCAGUAAAAAAUUAAUGGCUUGAUGACAUUCCUAACUUCCUAAACCUAAAACCUUCCUAUACUAUAUGCGUAUUUUGUUUGGUUGAGUAAUUUUACCAUAAAAAACAGAAUAUGAAAUUACUAUUAGCUAAGUUCGUGGUAUUGUAAUGUUAAAAAAAAUUAUGAAAUAUGGUUUUGUAUAACAACUUAAUUCCACAAAUCUCAUUUAUAGUUUGGUUUUGUAAAA